AUGGGCAUCCCAGCCAACAAGAAAACGGUCCUUAUUACCGGCUGCACCCCGGGAGGAAUUGGCCACGCGCUGGCCAGGGAGUUCCACGCCAAAGGACUUCAUGUCAUCGCUACCGCCCGGCGCCCGGAAGUCCUCCAGGACCUCGGGGACAAAGGCAUGACGACGAUUGCUCUCGAUGUCACCAAGGCCGAGAGCAUUGCCGAGUGCAAGCAGAAGGUGACGGAGUUGACAGGCGGACGCCUCGAUUUCCUCGUCAACAACGCGGGCCUCACCCACACCGUCCCAGCUACAGACAUCAAUAUGGACGAGGUGCGCCGGACAUUUGAGACGAACGUGUUCGGUGUCAUGGCUAUGGUCCAGGCUUUCGUACCCCUCAUGAUCCCAUCACGAGGUCUCAUCAUCAUGAUCAGCUCCCUGUCAUCAGUCUCGCCGUAUGUCUUUGGCUCAGUUUAUACUGCAACAAAGGGGGCGUUGAAUUCAUACAGCCGCACACUCCGCCAGGAGUUGCGCCCCUUCGGUGUUCGAGUGAUGGUAUCCAUGACCGGCACUGUCAAGAGCGAUAUCGCAAAGCUUAACCGCGAGCUUCCACCCAACUCUUUAUAUACUCGCGUCAAAGACCUGUAUGCAAAGCGUCUGAAAUUCUCCCAGAACAAUGCUACUGUCAGCACAGAGGACUUUGCGAGUCAGCUGGUGGCGGAAGCGUUGAAGGGAGAAGGCUGGCUCGGAGGCUGGCUUGGCGGUGCCAGGAACUGGUUCUGGGCUGGUGGCAUGGCAGGAUCAGUUUGGUUGGCAAGAUUGCUAUUUGGUGAAUGGCUCUUGGAUGAACUUGCGUACAAGAAGUUUGAGCUGCCAAAGCUGGAGGCCAUUGUGCGCAAGGAAGGAGUCAAGAGAGUUGAGUGA